UCCAUUUUUAAAUUUCAGCAGAAUACCAAUAUUCUGCUAUUUAUUUCAUAUAAAAAUUUAUUACAGUUUUUCUUGUUUACUAUAAAGGUCACAGUGACACAGCUUCAAUAUUAAUUUUGAAUAUAGUAAAUUAGAAUCAAAAACCGCUAGGUAAAAUUUCCAAAAACAUGUCUGCAAACUAUGACAGAGCUAUUACAAUAUUUUCUCCUGAUGGUCAUCUUUUUCAAGUUGAAUAUGCCCAAGAAGCUGUGAAAAAAGGGUCAACUGCGGUUGGGGUAAGAGGAACUAAUAUUGUAGCACUUGGAGUUGAAAGAAAGUCAGUUGCUAAAUUACAAGAAGCCAGAACAGUACGCAAAAUCUGUCCAUUAGAUGAUCAUGUUUUCUUGGCAUUUGCAGGUUUAACAGCAGAUGCUCGCAUUCUUGUUAAUGCAGCUCGCGUUGAAUGUCAAAGCCAUAAACUAAAUGUAGAAGAUCCAGUUUCAUUAGAAUAUAUAACUCGGUAUAUUGCUAGUCUCAAGCAAAAAUACACACAGAGCAAUGGUAUGCGUCCGUUCGGUAUUAGCAUGUUAAUUGUUGGUUUUGAUGAUGAUGGUUCUGCACAUUUAUAUCAAACUGAUCCCUCUGGCACAUAUCAUGAAUGGAAGGCCAAUGCCAUUGGAAGAAGUUCUAAAACAGUUCAAGAGUAUUUAGAAAAAAACUAUUCAGAUGAAGAAGCAGACAAUGAUGAUAGCAUUGUUAAACUUGCAUUGAAAGCUUUACUUGAGGUUGUUCAAACUGGUGGUAAAAAUAUUGAAAUGGCUGUAAUGCGUAAUGGCGAACCGAUGCGACUUCUAAGCACAGAAGAUAUAGACAAAUAUGUUAAAGAAAUAGAAAAAGAAAAAGAAGAAGAGUUAGAAAAGAAAAAAGCAAAAAAACUUGUAUUACAAACAGAAUAGAGUUUAUUCAAUAAAUGUUAUUACAGUUUA